CAAAUUAUCCCGAUUAAGACGAAAUGCAUAAAAGAGGCAACCUUGAAACCUCAAGGCAGAUUUCAGUGGCCAUUACCGGAUUUCUGCCGGAGCUUUUCACUUCACUACUCUAAUUUUGAUUAAUAGACGCCGGCUUGAUUGUAAUCGGUAAUAAUCAAAGAAAGACAUGGAAGAUGUACUAACAGAACAACCACCUCCUUCAAGGUUCUUCUUAGAAGAUCUCAAUAACUUCACCCCACCCUCACCUCCCCUCCCAUCCCCCUUCUUAUUCCUCUCUUCUCCAAAUUCCAAAACUACCCUUCAACCCUCUCUCCUAAUCAUCGCCCUUUCUCCCCCAUCUCUCUCCUUACUCCACCACCUAUCCUCAAAAACCCUAAUCGGAACCCUAAUUCUACCCGAAAUCUCCCCCUCAGGAAACACCAUCACCCCAUCUCCAAAAGACAAAUCUUGCAACUUAUACGCCAUUAAUGACUCCAUAAUCCUUGCAAACUUCCAAUACUCAGUUCCUUCAGAAAGAACACAUGCGAUUGCCAAAACCCUAAUUGGCGAACAUAUUCUUCCCAAAAGGGUUUUGAUUCUUGAUUCGAUUCAAAGGCGUAACUUUCGUGGAAGAAUCUCAACAGAUGAUACAUUUGCAAUGAAGCUAGAGACAACAGCUGAAAGAAAAGAAGCUCCAUUGUUGAAAAGCUUGGACUAUUUGCCCUCAGGAAGUGUUGUUGAAGGGUUGGGUGCUGCUUUGUUGGGACGGUGCCAGAUGAAGGGUAUAAAGGGAAUUUUGUGUGUGACAUGGCCAGAGGUUGGUGGCUCUGUUACAUCAAUGGUUAAAAGUUUAUUGCUUAAAGAUGUUUUCAAUGGAAUGGAAGUUAGAUUUGAUGAUAAUGGUGAAGAUGAAGGGUUGAAGUUUGGUCUUAAGAAUCAUUACUUUGAUUCUGAAUUAUACACUUAGUUAUACUUUAUAGUUUAUACACUAUGUUUAUUAAGAAUUUAGGUUAUGACUUAUGAGAUGAGUCUUGAAUAUGGGUUUUUGAUUUGUUUAGAAAAAAAAAAAAAAUAUGGAUUUUGUUUUGUUUAAUUUUCCUUCAUGCAAGACUAGUAAUUUAAACUUGUUGGUCUUUGUUUUAUGAGUUGGCAUAUUUGUUUAGUUCUAUGGUAACUUGUUGAAUUAAGAUGUGUGUAAGUGAAGCCA